CAGCGGCCCGAGCUGCCAUGUGACGGGCGAGGCGGCUUCUUUCCCCAACGCGGCCGGAGGGAGGAGAAAACCGGGGCUCGCCGCGAGCCUUCGAGAGCAGCGGCCGCGGAGGAGGCGGCGGCGGCGGCAGAGUCUCGGGUCAGCCGCACGCGCAUCCCUGGGCGCCUUGCGCGGCAGAGAGCUCGGCGGGCCGCGGGAGCCCCGGACGGGAGUGGACAAAGCAAGAUGGCAGGGAUCUUAGCCUGGUUCUGGAACGAGAGGUUUUGGCUCCCGCACAAUGUCACCUGGGCAGACCUGAAGAACACGGAGGAAGCCACCUUCCCUCAGGCUGAGGACCUGUAUCUCGCCUUCCCCUUGGCCUUCUGCAUCUUCAUGGUACGACUUAUCUUCGAGAGAUUUGUAGCUAAACCAUGUGCCAUAGCCCUCAACAUUCAGGCCAAUGGACCACAAAUUGCCCAGCCAAAUGCCAUUUUGGAAAAGGUCUUCACUGCAAUUACAAAGCAUCCUGAUGAAAAGAGAUUGGAGGGCCUGUCCAAGCAGCUGGACUGGGAUGUUCGCAGCAUUCAACACUGGUUCCGACAGAGACGCAACCAAGAGAAGCCAAGCACGCUGAAGAGGUUCUGUGAGAGCAUGUGGAGAUUUUCAUUUUACCUCUAUGUAUUUACCUAUGGAGUCCGGUUCCUAAAAAAGACCCCCUGGCUGUGGAAUACAAGACACUGCUGGUACAACUACCCCUAUCAGCCACUCACGCCUGACCUUCACUACUAUUAUAUCCUGGAGCUGUCGUUUUAUUGGUCUUUAAUGUUUUCCCAGUUCACUGAUAUCAAAAGAAAGGACUUUGGCAUCAUGUUCCUGCAUCACCUUGUAUCCAUUUGCUUGAUUACCUUUUCAUAUGUCAACAACAUGGCCCGAGUAGGGACCCUGGUCCUGUGUCUCCAUGACUCAGCCGAUGCGCUUCUAGAGGCUGCCAAAAUGGCAAAUUACGCCAAGUUUCAGAAAAUGUGCGAUCUCCUGUUUGUUAUGUUUGCCAUGGUUUUUAUCACCACACGACUGGGUAUAUUUCCUCUCUGGGUGUUAAAUACCACAUUAUUUGAAAGUUGGGAGAUUGUUGGACCUUACCCUUCCUGGUGGGUUUUUAACCUACUGCUGUUACUAAUACAAGGCUUGAACUGCUUCUGGUCUUACUUGAUCGUAAAAAUAGCUUGCAAAGCUAUUUCAAAAGGCAAGGUAUCCAAGGAUGAUCGAAGUGAUAUUGAGUCCAGCUCAGAUGAGGAGGACCCAGAACCGCCGGGGAAGAGCCCCCACACUGCGACCACCACCAAUGGAACCAGUGGUACCAACGGGUAUCUCCUCACUGGCCCUUGCUCCCUGGAUGAUUAAUUCCUACAAACCAGAAGUCCCAAACAAAGUGAACUGUUUAUUCCUGGAAGUCUUUACUAAGUUGCAAAUGCGGUUCCUUUCAUAGUAUCUCAGCACCAGAAACAAAAAUUAAGAUUAUCAAAGCAUUUUGAGUAGUGCACUGCCGUAUGUCCUGUCUGUGAAUGAAGAAGUCCCGUUCUCUAUGUGUAGGCAUGCUGUAUGUAACUGGCACAAGGGAACAGUAUUUGCAUUUGCACUGUCUUAGAAUAUUAUUUAUUUUUUGUAUUUGUUUGUAAGUCUGUGGACAAAAAAGGGUUUCCUCACUCCUUUUACUCUCUGGGUUCGUGACAGGGAAGGAGACGCUCCACCUGCUUCUACCCCUUUCUAAUGCUAUAACCCAAUCCGCCGGUCGCAUUGGCUUAAUUUGUCACUUAGAGCAAGCAAAAGUCAGUGCAAGGUUCUCGUACAGCUCCAAAUAGCUUUGCUUUGUUUGUGUUACAGUGCCCAUUUUGAACUGGCCUGUACAGUCUCAGUGACCCUUCUCCUGGUAUAAACUUUAAACAGGAUGAGCUCGCUUUUGUAAUUGUCACUCUUCUUGGGUCAAUUAGCUGUUCCAAUUCAAGAGUGUGGUUACUGGAGGACUUAAAAAUGUUUGUGCAUAUUAAAUUGCUGUGGAAUAGACUUGAUUUCUUGUGCACACAGCCAAGAUUUUUUCAAUGAGAAUGUAACUAGGUGGGGAUUAACUUUGCAGGUACAGGGAUUUUUUUUGUUUGUUUGUUUGUUUUUAAUUCUCUAUUAUGGGAUCAGUGCUCUGGCUCUAAAAGGAGAUUUUUACUUAAGGGCAUAGUUACAAAGAAAUCCCUCUUCUUACUGGGAAUCUGUCCCAGGACCUGAGAACAGCAUAAAGAGAGGAACAGAUUUCAACCAGAUUUGACCACCACCCCUGUCAUUAGCACAGUCUUCUGUCAUGUCGUGAAAAGAAAGGAGAAGCUAAGUGUAUUUGGGGACAGAAAAAGACUUUCUAAGAGUUGGCCAAAGUCAGUUCUGGCGCAAAGCACUUUAUUGCAAACAGCUUUCGAGAAAGUGCUCUAUCUUGUAUUUGAUCUGGAUGUUUUUUAUUUUUCUGAGCAAAAUAAAGCCAAUGGGAGAAAGACCAUUUUACCCUUUGUCUUUUCUCCUUAAACUUAACCCAUAACAUAACAGCAGUUCCUGUUACUAGAAACUGAGCAGUGUUACACUUUAAGUCCCUUUGUUUGCUUCUUUGGAGACCUGUUCAGUUUCCAGGAAUUUUUAUUCAAAUAGUGCUAGUUCUGGAAACACAAUAAAAAUUGUAUUCAGCAAUGAGAAAGAUAACUAAAAAGUUUAAGUUUUAGUCUCUUACAGGCCAGUGUUAUUUAUGAAUAGAAAAGGAAAUCAUACACAUAAACCAAAGAUUUUAUCUCUUUUCUCUCAACUUUUAGUAAGGGGAAUAAAAAGGUAUUAGAACUAUUUCAUAAAUCAGAAAGACCAUCAUCUAAAGCAAGAGUCCCAAACCACAAUACAGUGAUAGCAAUGGAUGAGUCAGGGCUAGUGAAGGCACCAGAAAAUACUAGGGAGUGUAUGUCCCGCUCAAAACCUUUCAUUCAAUUCAGUUUUUUUAAAAAAUGGAAAUAAAGCUUCGUGCCCACAGUGUGUAACCUGAGUGUUAAAAGUAUACUCCCGAACAAAAACCUUUCUCUGUAAUAUUAAAACUUCCCCCACUUAUUUACAAAACAGUAUGUUUCUGGUAUGGUCCAUAGUAAUAAUUAAAGAGACUUAGGAAUAUGUCUGCUUGUUUAUUGAGGAAAUAGUGUGACUACUUCUCCUUGUAAAGCCUUAUUAUUUCAUUUCUCAGAACAGGGAUGUGCCUAGGAGUGUGAUUUGUGGAUGGUUGAGUUUGUGGGACCGAUCCUUAAACAUCAGAAGUACUUUUAGUCAGCUGAACAUCUGCUAAAAUGUAGAUAUAUAAAAAGUGUCAGCAAGGAUGUUAUACCUAAACAUUUUUUCAGAAGGUGAAAGUUUCUUAUCAACCAAAAUAUGGAACAGAAGAGUGACUUCUGCCUCGCUUUAGCGUCUAGAGCAAGUCCGCUGAUGGGUGCAAUAAACCAGAGUCACAGUGUGUUCAGAUUUGGAUCAUCUGACACUCUUGAGCAGAGAAGAAUAAUUUCAGAAGCUCUGCUUGUAAAUUAAAGGUUUAGAAGCAUUGCAUGAAAUGAAGACAAUUAAGUCUAUCCUUAGCAAAGACAUCUGAACAAGCUUUUGUUUUUCCUAAAAGUCCCUUAGAAGGAGGAUUGAGAAUUCUCAGAGCCUCUCUGACCAAUGGCAGUACCUUAACACAGUCCUCUAUGUAUGUAUAGAUUUUUAUUUAACUUGACAUUUUAGUGCAAAGGUUCUUUUCAACUAGGCAAGAUGGCAUUUGUAGGCUUUUUAAGAUGAAGAAUUAAUAUAUCUUUGUCGACUGCUCUCCCAUGGUGGCCUGAUAAGGCUGAGAGAGAAAUAUAUGUGCCAGAUCCUGUCUUCUCCCUAUGCCAGGCCAUAGCUUUGGAAGUGUGUUUUGUAAGUUCAGCUGUAGGUUAGUGAAAAUGUUGUUUCCCAUUAAUUAACUUAGCCUGUCCUGGUCACAAUCAACCCUUACCAAGGUACAAAGGGGUAUGUAGGAGGGAAUCUAGAAGAAGUAACCUUUUAUUCACCAAUAUUAGAGCUUUUCUAGAUUGCUUGAGUGGGUGUAGAAAACCAAGUAGAAUUCGGCCUUGGGUCACUAAAUAAUAUAAAAAUGUGUGAUCUAUGUAGGUAUAUGUGUGUUUCUCAAAAAAAAAAAAAAAGUGAUAAAACCAAAAUAUCACCAACUCAUCCUUAUCCGUAUUCUUUUCAUCAAAACUAUCCGCCAUGUGUAAUAGAAACUUCCCGCCUCCCUGUCCACUUCCUGUUUGUGCUACCCACACAGUUGAGAGUGGUAGGCUCCUUUCAGUCUCUUGGCCUCAGAGCUAAGAUCAUGGAAGGCUUAACGUUAGCAUCUAAAUAGUUCCCAUUUCCAAAUUUAGUGGUGCAAACAUUGAGAAAAAGGGAGCAACUAUAAGUAUUUUGGAUUAUUAAACUAAGUGCUUGGAAAAAAUCCAUAUGAUUGCUGCUUCACCCCAGGAUUUUAUUUAAUAUCCAACUCCCACCAGACUGUGAGAUAGAUGGCAUCCUAAGGUACCAUCAGGUAAUGAAACAGGCAUCUGACAAAGAUGAACUAGGAAGAGAGGUAGGCUCUUCAAGAAAAGCAAGCCAUUGGGUGAGAGGAAUAACUCUUUAGCAAGAUAAAAUAAGGUCACCGUUAGCCAAAAGGGUGGGUGAACCUCAAAAUGUCCAGUUCUGUUGCCAGACUUUCCAUUCUGAGUAUUUGGUAGAAUUUGAAUUGGAGUCAACUGAAUGCUUGCACCUUAGGUAGAAAUAGUCCAAAUCUUCCACUCUGUGUAUUUCAACCUCGUUGUUAUUUGGGCAUGAAAAUCAUAUUUCAUUCCAGCUUACCUGAGUCGUUACACAAGAGCUCUUCUGGGAGAACUUUAUGGACACCCAUGAUUGUUCCCAAUCUGGUCAUGGUUUUGCAUUGAUAGUUAUUUUUGUCCCCUUCUUGGAAAUAUUAAUGCCAAAGUUGCCUGACUAUUUGAGUAUUUUCUCUUAAUCUGAAGAAUAAAAAAGUAUACAGAAUAAUUCCAAAGGUAUUAAAUAAUUUUCUUUGUCAGUAUGUGUGAUGAUGUCAUUAUGUCCAAAGAGGCUUGAAGAAAUCCUUUGGAAAUAGAGGUUAAAUGUUUACAUUUCACGUGCUAUUUGAAGUCUUAAGAUUCUAAUUAGUUUACCUUUUUUUUCUUUGUCUUUAGCUGGUUCCUCCUUUGUGGAUAAAUAGUAGUAGCCAUGAAAUGUAUCUCACGUUCAAAUAGAAAAAAAUCAAAUCAGAUCCAAGUGGCCUGACGGGAAAGUGAUUAACAAGGCACUUUCAGCUUCUUAGUAACGUUUAUGGAGAAAGAAAAUGCAGUUAGCUCUAAAUACUGUACUUGCUGUCCAGCAUACUGUCCAUGGAAGGAAGACUCUUAAUCACAAACAGUUCAUGCAAAAUGCAACAAGCUAUUUUUUUAAAACGAAGACAUCUUUGUCCCCAGAGUCGAUUUAAGUUUCUCUUGGUAAAAUGAAAUUGUGCCAUUCUCAGAUUACCAGAUAGUAGUUAGCACUGGUUCACUGUGGCCACAUUUUAACUCUUCAUCAGUACUAGGCUGGGAAAACACUCUGGUUUGCAUUCAUAUGCAUGGUCCCCUCCCCUCCCCUAGAGGGCGCUCAGUAGAUGCUGAGGAUGCCCGUCCACUCGCCCACUCUACGCUGUUGGAACUCCUCUAACAUAUACUCAGAGGAAGCCUAUCUGAGGCUGGGUUUUUUGGAGAAAAUUGUAUUAGAGAAAUAAACAUCAUAAGAAACUAUUAACAACAUCAGCAGGCACCCAAAGGAGAACCUUAGUCUUUCCAAUGUGAGUUCAACCAGAAGCCUUUUAAAAGGCAUGUUACCAAAUGGCCACAAGCUAAGACCCCAUCGGAUCAAAGAGAUGAAAGUCUCUGCAGGCAGAUGGCACCUGAUAUGGUAUCUCUUCAAGACUAAGCAUUCUCAAGAUGGCUCAGGAAGGAAUGGGAGGGGACCAUCAGGCUAAGGUCUCUCUUUCACUCAUAUUCCUUGAAGCCUCCUGGAACUCUUAAUAAAAGGAAGCCAGAAUAUUGUCACUUGUUGGCUGUUGAGUUGCCAGCAGCGUUUGUGUCACUUGUGUACCACACUUCCUUCUCUGCCUGAUUCCAUUUUUCUUAAAAAAUAUUGUGCCCCUGUGAGCCUAUUUCCUUGAACACAAAUCCAUGAAAGUUCGGCUUCCUAUUUUGGUAUAUGUUGCAUGGCCUGGCAACCAGGGAACAACAGCUGUUGGUGUAAUUUCUAUGUUAAGUGAAAAAUUAGAUUUUAUAGAGACAGUUUUUUUUUUCUUUUGGAUCUACAGUAAUUUUUUUAAACUGUCAUUGUGAAACUACCCUUAGAAAAUGAAGGGUUUUUAUAGAUUUGUUGCCAAAGGGAAGUUUGCUCUGUAAUAGGAACAGUUAUGUGGUGAUUCUGGAACUUUACCUUAGAGCUUCAUUCAUGUAAACAUGGAAAACACCCUCCAAGUUUGAUCUCCCAAAGUUUCAUAAAGCCUCUUAGCUCAUGAUUUUCAUCAAGUCUUUACCCACAUGAUCAGUUACCUCCAUAGCCAUUUGGUGUCAUGCUAGGGGGAAGGGGUUAGUUUGGGGAUUUGAUUUUUUUUUAACUUGCUGUGAGAAAUAGGAUAGGUGACAAAACCUUUCUUAUUUUCUUAAGACAAUUCAGUGCUUGAGCAUCUCUGUCAGAAAUGGAAUGAUGUACUGUUAGCCAAUUAGAAUUAUUUUAUGUAUUGUUAAUUGUGUUUUGCUGAUUUUUAUAUGAAAAUAUAAUUAUUCAUUCUUGAUCUCUGGAAGUAAUCAUUAUUAUGAGGAUCAUUUUACUUUGGAAACACUUUCAUAAUAAAGAUAAGUAUUAAGA